AAUGAUGGAGGGAGGGGGGACUGAGAGUGAAGAAACAGAUAGACAGACAGACAGAGAGAGAGAGAGACAGAAACAGAGAAAGAGAGCUGAAGUGAUCAUCAUGGAGCUCAUCAAGUCUACACUGAUAUUCUCCAGCCUUCUUCUCUCAGUAUUUGCUCAGAAGCCGUCGGUGUCGGUGGAGCCUCGCACCGUGGCCGUCAGACAGGACGAGACGGUGAGCAUCCGGUGCCGAGUGACGGGCGGAGCUCAGCCUGUACAGCUGGAGUGGAAACGAGCCAAUAACCAGCCACUAGCAGAUAACGUUAAAGUUGGCCCUGAUGGUUCGGUACUGACCAUUGCUCUUGCUCGCCCCAGUAACCAGGGACAGUAUCGCUGCAUAGCAACCAACUCACAAGGCAAAAGCACCGUCAUGGCAACGCUUACUGUGAAGCAGCCUCCAAAGGUGCGGGUGACCCCUGCCAGCCAAGUAAAGGUAAAAGUGGGUGGAAUCACAUCUCUGCAGUGCCAUGCGUCUGGGAAGCCCCGCCCCUCCAUUACCUGGUUUAAACAGGAAGCGGGAAGAGAGCUUGUACUGGUUUCCACGACGACAGGCACCAGUUUGACAGCAAAGGUGACAGUUUCAUCACCUCAAGAUGGCGGGACGUUUGUGUGUCGCGCCCAAAACAAGGACGGAACAUCCGAGGAGAAGGUGGAGCUUAAGGUUGAGGGCGGAGCCAUAGAGCCUAAGGCUACCGUUCACCAGACCGACAUGACAGCAGUCGAGGGACAAACCGUGACCAUGCACUGCCAAGCGAGCGGUUCCCCUACUCCUGUUAUUACCUGGUCUAAGCUGCGUGCUCCAUUGCCAUGGCAGCACAAGGCAGAGGGAGGAACCCUGACACUCAGUAACGUCGGACGACAAGACUCAGGUCAGUACAUCUGUAACGCCACAAACUCAGUGGGUUUCAGUGAAGCGUACGUGCAGAUGGAGGUGGACACACGUCCUUAUGCCACCACCGUUCCUGAUCAUGUGACUGCUCGCCGCGGCGACUCUGUGCGUGUGCAGUGCAUCGCCCAUGGCUCUCAUCCAAUCAGCUUCCACUGGUCGCGUGUGGGCGGGGCUGCAAUGUCUUCAGGAGCAAAGGUCACCAAAGAAGGCGUGCUGACGAUCGGUCAGCUCAAACCGUCCGACAGCGGGACGUACAAAUGUGUGGCCACUAAUCACAUCGGCAACAGCGAAACCUUCACCACCGUCACCGUUAGAGAGUAAAUGAUUUAUCCCUUCUGACAUGGAUGACGUGAUCACGUGAAGAUGAACUCUCUACUUAUCCGGAUGCAAUGCAAUGCAGCAGCCUUUAGAAACAACAGCAUGUAAUAACUCUCCUGUUUUUACGACUUAAUCCACGCAGCUUGUGUGUAAAACACGUCACAGUGUCAUGUUUAUGACUCGAGUUAACACUUAAACAUUAGAAACAGCUCACACUGUAGAACAUUCCGGCACUUUACACCCUCUUUGUUUAAUAAAUAGAUAAUAAAGUGAUGCCAUGGCCACA